AAAAAAGACAGCUGUACAGAAAGUCACCAGGAAAGUUUGGUAAAGAAGACUUUGAUCAGCUGGCACCAAAAGUUGAUCAAUUUUCCAUAAUGACACCAAGUAUUCAGCUAAAAGACCUAGAAAUUGGAGAUCUGAUAGAGAUAAUAAGAGGGUGCUAUUCUCACUGGGCUGUCUAUGUCGGCGAAGGACAUAUCAUACACAAAGCAACCAGAGGCUGGAGUAGCAGUUCUCAGAUUGAUACUUUCAGUUCAUCAUUUGGAAUUCUAAAUGACAAAGCAAUCGUGAAAAAGGAUAAAAUCAAAGAUGUAGCACAGGGCUCGACUGUCAUGGUGAAUAAUAUGUAUGACUUCAUAGGAGGAAUCAUGCCUUUACCGAAAGAGCAGAUAGCUGAAAAGGCCAAUAGUUGUCUGGGUGAGGUAGGCUACAAUGUCUUAACAAACAAUUGUGAACACUUUGCCAUGUUAUGUAGAUAUGGCAAAACAAUGAGUAACCAGGUGCAAAAGUGUAAAGACUCGGCAUGGGUCGCAGCAAGUGAAAUACAGACGAUGAAUGAAUUUUCACCAGCAGAUGUUGAAUGCUUGCUGUCCUCAAAGUUUCUUUCAAUAUUGGUGUGUGGGACAAUGUUAUUGAAAGUCGCAGAUGCGGUAAGACAAACGAUGAGAAAAGCAUCAAGCAAAUGCAACGUACGCAGGAAGAAAGUCAUUUUGAAUUAGGAAAACGAUGGAUAUGCUGCCAGCAUUCCGAUAUUCUGUUAAGACAUAAAUCAUCAUAUGUGACAGUUAUGUACAUAAUUAGUGCUUUUGAAAUAUAGUUUACAUGAAUUAAAAUUGUGAUAUUCUGCA